ACUAAUGCACACUCCUGCAACUAUCUAACUUGAACGAAACAAAACCAAAAUCAACACAAAACCCAACUUCCUCAACCUUAUCAUUUUAAUUUGAUAUAUUAAUUAAAAAAACACUUGUUUCGAAAUGCGUGCCCUCACAGUUCACCCUUCUCUCUCCUAUCUUCACACGAAAGCAACCACCUAAUUUCACCCUUCUCCUCUAAAAUAACGAAAGCAAUUAAUUAAUUUUGGAAUAUAAAUAAUCAGUGAUCGGCAGAACCAGAAGGUUCAUUCGGUCACGAAACAGCUUAUUAUAUAUAUUUGAUCUUUCUUCGUCGUACAAUUGAGAAACUUCAGUAAAGAAAAUGGCGACCCCUCAGCUCAAGCCGGAGACUUUGUUUGACUUGAUGAGUAAACACUUUGAAACGGACGAGGGUAAAGAGCUCUGCAAGAAAAUUAAUCUCGUUUACCAGAUCAAACUCGCACCCGAGAAAAUUGGGUUCAAUGAGGUCUGUUAUACUAUUGAUCUGAAGAAUGGCAAGGUCAUCAAAGGAACAUUGGAAGGAGAAAAGCCUGAUGCUACAUUUUCCUUCAAAGAAAAAGAUUUUAUCAAAAUUGCACUAGGAAAGAUGAAUCCCCAGAUUGCUUUCAUGAGGGGAUUAAUGAAGAUUAAGGGCAGUUUGAGUGCAGCACAGAAAUUUACACCUGAUAUUUUCCCUAAGUUCCCAGUUUCAAAGCUGUGAGCAUGUAACUAUUUUGGGCUUCUCUGUAUUUGUAUUGAAAUAGUUACACUGCAAUUUGAAUAUUGAGGGCCAUGAACUAGGAAAGGAGAAAAGGUUUUAAAGUGUUUUGGAUUUGAUAUAAUCAAGCAUCAAUAACAUAAAUAUAACUUAUAAUGCAAUUACCCGAGGUCUUGGACUUGGAAUAUAAAGUUAUUCUAUGAUUGAUUUGGAUGGUUUUACUUUCAUA